GGCCCGCGAACCCCAGAGCGCACGGCGCCCCAGGCUGGCAGGCGCCGCGGGACCCCACACCCUCUUGGGCAGUCCCUCCCUUAGGCUCCCCCGCCCUCCGUGCCUGCAGGAGCCCGUGGGCUUUCCUGGAGAAGCUCACCCCGGGGCGCUCGGACAUCGGCAAGCCCGUCACCGACCCCUCCAGCGCCGCCGCCGCCACCGCCGCCGCAGUCUGAGCAGCAUGGUCCAGCUGGGGAAGCUGCUCCGCGUCCUGACUUUGAUGAAGUUCCCCUGCUGCGUGCUGGAGGUGCUUCUGUGCGCACUGGCGGCGGCGGCGCGCGGCCAGGAGAUGUACGCCCCGCACUCGAUCCGGAUCGAGGGGGACGUCACCCUCGGGGGGCUGUUCCCCGUGCACGCCAAGGGUCCCAGUGGAGUGCCCUGCGGCGACAUCAAGAGGGAGAACGGGAUCCACAGACUGGAAGCGAUGCUUUACGCCCUGGACCAGAUCAACAGCGAUCCCAACCUGCUGCCCAAUGUGACGCUGGGCGCGCGGAUCCUGGACACUUGUUCCAGGGACACUUACGCGCUUGAACAGUCGCUCACUUUCGUCCAGGCGCUCAUCCAGAAGGACACCUCCGACGUGCGCUGCACCAACGGCGAGCCUCCGGUUUUCGUCAAACCCGAGAAAGUAGUUGGAGUGAUUGGGGCUUCAGGGAGUUCGGUCUCCAUCAUGGUAGCCAACAUCCUGAGGCUCUUUCAGAUCCCUCAGAUUAGUUAUGCGUCCACAGCUCCUGAGUUAAGUGAUGACCGGCGCUAUGACUUCUUCUCUCGUGUGGUCCCACCCGAUUCCUUCCAGGCCCAAGCCAUGGUAGACAUUGUAAAGGCCCUCGGCUGGAAUUAUGUGUCUACUCUCGCAUCCGAAGGAAGUUACGGAGAGAAAGGUGUGGAAUCCUUCACGCAGAUUUCCAAAGAGGCAGGUGGGCUCUGCAUUGCCCAGUCCGUGAGAAUCCCCCAAGAGCGCAAAGACAGGACCAUUGACUUUGAUAGAAUUAUCAAACAGCUCCUGGACACCCCCAACUCCAGGGCCGUCGUGAUUUUUGCCAACGAUGAGGAUAUAAAACAGAUCCUUGCAGCAGCCAAAAGAGCUGACCAAGUGGGCCAUUUUCUUUGGGUGGGCUCAGACAGCUGGGGAUCCAAAAUAAACCCGCUGCACCAACACGAAGAUAUCGCAGAAGGCGCCAUCACCAUUCAGCCCAAGCGAGCAACUGUUGAAGGGUUUGAUGCCUACUUUACAUCCCGCACACUUGAAAACAACAGAAGAAACGUAUGGUUUGCUGAAUACUGGGAGGAAAACUUUAACUGCAAGUUGACGAUUAGUGGGUCAAAAAAAGAAGACACCGAUCGCAAGUGCACAGGACAGGAGAGAAUUGGAAAGGAUUCCAACUAUGAGCAGGAGGGUAAAGUUCAGUUCGUGAUUGAUGCUGUCUACGCCAUGGCUCACGCCCUCCAUCACAUGAACAAGGACCUCUGUGCCGAGCACCGGGGCGUCUGCCCAGAGAUGGAGCAUGCCGGGGGCAAGAGGCUGCUGAAGUAUAUCCGCAAUGUUAAUUUCAAUGGUAGUGCUGGCACGCCAGUAAUGUUUAACAAGAAUGGGGAUGCACCUGGACGUUAUGACAUCUUCCAAUACCAGACGACAAACACCACCAACCCUGGUUACCGUCUCAUUGGACAGUGGACAGAUGAACUUCUGCUCAACAUAGAGGACAUGCAGUGGGGCAAAGGAGUCCGAGAAAUACCCCCCUCAGUGUGUACAUUACCGUGUAAACCUGGGCAGAGAAAGAAGACGCAGAAGGGAACGCCUUGCUGCUGGACUUGUGAGCCCUGCGAUGGUUACCAGUUCCAGUCUGAUGAGAUGACAUGCCAGCACUGCCCCUAUGACCAGCGGCCGAAUGAAAACCGAACUGGCUGUCAGGAUAUCCCCAUCAUAAAGCUGGAGUGGCAUUCCCCCUGGGCCGUCAUCCCCGUCUUCCUGGCAAUGUUGGGGAUCAUCGCCACCAUCUUUGUCAUGGCCACUUUCAUCCGCUACAAUGACACACCCAUUGUCCGGGCCUCCGGGCGAGAGCUCAGCUAUGUUCUGCUGACAGGCAUCUUUCUUUGCUACAUCAUCACUUUCCUGAUGAUAGCCAAACCCGACGUAGCCGUGUGUUCUUUCCGGCGAGUUUUCCUCGGCUUGGGUAUGUGCAUCAGUUAUGCAGCCCUCUUAACCAAAACCAAUCGGAUUUACCGCAUAUUUGAGCAGGGCAAGAAAUCAGUGACAGCUCCCAGACUCAUAAGCCCGACAUCACAGUUGGCCAUCACUUCCAGUUUAAUAUCGGUUCAGCUUCUAGGUGUUUUCAUUUGGUUUGGUGUCGACCCGCCCAACAUCAUUGUAGACUAUGAUGAACAUAAAACAAUGAACCCUGAGCAGGCCAGAGGAGUUCUCAAAUGUGACAUUACGGAUCUCCAAAUCAUUUGCUCCUUGGGAUAUAGCAUUCUUCUCAUGGUCACAUGUACAGUGUAUGCCAUCAAGACUCGGGGGGUCCCAGAGAAUUUUAAUGAAGCCAAACCCAUUGGAUUCACUAUGUACACAACAUGUAUAGUAUGGCUUGCCUUCAUUCCAAUUUUUUUUGGCACUGCUCAGUCAGCGGAAAAGGCCCUGCUGCAAAAAAGAAGUAUGUCAGUUAUAAUAACCUGGUUAUCUAACCUGUUCCACUCCAUGGAACAACGGGGGAGGAAGACCUUCAGCGAUUCCGUCACCCAACCUGGCAAAGGACUCUUCUGGUCCCGCCCGCUUACCAUCACUGGAGGAGCUUCCCCGGCCGGCCAGUUACUGGAGACCAGUGUUAGAGGAUCUAAGCAUCCUACACAGCUGCUUUACAAAAUAUCCUUACUUUAUCUUGGCUUAAUAAGUCACUGGCAUCAGCACUGCCAAAUAGGCUGCAAUUGUGGACCUUCCCUUACCGAAGGGAGUGUUGAGACUCAAGUCCCACCCAGGCUCUUUAGGGUGAACCACAGAGAGCCACAGUGACCGUUUUGGGGCUGACCCAUCUUUCUACGUAUGUACUUCCAAGCUGCAAGGUUUUGAAAAUUUUCUGUACAGUUUGUGAGGACUUUUGCACUUUGCCAUCUGAUGUCGUACCUCGGUUCACUGUUUGUUUUCGAAUGCCCUGUUUUCAUAGAGCCCUAUUCUCUCAGAAGGUGGAAUAUUUGGGGAAAUUUGAAAAAAUAAAUUAAAAUUAAGAUCUUGGCAGACUAAAAAACAAAAGAAAAAAGACACAGACACAUCUGUACAUGACUGUAUAAGUAUGAUUACGUACCACUACAAAUCACGUUAUAUUUUUUAAGACAAAAAAGAUAUUUAAAGACCAAAAACUGUGCUGAGCAAGUUUGCCUCACCUAUCUUUGGUAUAUGAUAGGCUACAGGAAAGGAAAGUACUGGCUGAACUGAAUAGUGGUCUUGAUCUUUGGGAUGCAUGCCAGUGUUGUAUUUUACAGUAUAUGUUAAUAAUUUAUGUUCAAUAUUUGUAUUUGUGUUCUCUUUUGUUACUUUAAUUAGGGUAUAUGGAUAUUUUGCAAUAAUUUUAAUGAUUAUUAAGCUAUUUGAAGAAAAGAAUACGGAUUUUUCAUGUCUUGAGGUUUUGUUCAUGCCCCUCUAUGACUGAACAGUGUGAUAAGGACUUUAAAAAAAGCAUGUAUGUUUUUUACUGUUUGUAUUAAGUAUUUUCGUUAAUCUUGCUGCUUAUGUGCCAAUUUAGUGGAAAACAACUCUUGCUGAAAAAUUCCCCCUUUCCAUUCUCUUUCGAUUCUGUGAUAUAUUGUCCAAGAAUGUAUCAAU